AUAUUUUCCCUACAGAUGGAUCAGGCAGCAGUGAAUAGAGUGAAUGACUGGUGAGACACCAGUGAAUCAGGAGGUUUAUUGGUUCCAGUAGGUCUACUGUCAGUAGUCUGAGGAGUGUGAGGAGAUGACUUGUGGGUAUCCAAUGGCUGCUCUUCUGGCUCUCUUUGUGAUUUUUCCCUUUGCUACUUCCAUCAUUCAGAGCCCUCCUCGUAUGGUGAAGCAACCUUCAACAGAAGAGCUCCUGUUUCAAGUAGUUCAGAGACAAGAUGAAAAUAACAAACCCUUCAUAGUUGAAUGUGAAGCUGAAGGAGAGCCUGCACCCAAGUAUCGUUGGAUCAAGAAUGGGAAGCAUUUUGAUUGGCAGACGUAUGACAAUCGCAUUUCACAGCAGCCUGGUAGAGGGACUCUGGUGGUUACAGUGCCACAGGAUGAAGACAGAGGUUACUAUCAGUGUUUUGCAACAAAUGAAUGGGGGACUGCGAUGUCCAACUCUGUACAUGUGUACAAGUCAGAUCUGAAUUCCUUUCGUGAGGACCCACCAAAGGAGAUUGAAAUUCAAGAAGGAGAACCCUUGAGUCUCAAGUGCAGCCCACCUGAUGGUUAUCCAAAGCCUCAAGUUUACUGGAUGAUUCAGAGCACAUCAGGUGCAUUGCGAAGCAUCAACUCAUCUCGAAUGACAGUAGAUCCUGAAGGAACACUUUGGUUCUCAAAUGUGACACGCUUUGAUGCUACAAAUGACUUUGUUUAUGCCUGCAGUGCAACAUCUCUCUUUCGCAAUGAAUAUAAGCUUGGGAACAAGGUCUAUUUGAAUGUAGUUGCUGCUGGCAGUGCUCCUGGCCAAAGUAAGCAUUCUCCAGUGAAGCAAUAUGUGAGCAGGAAAAACUUUGUUGCUUAUCGUGGAAAGAAGGCAGAACUAUGGUGCAUUUAUGGAGGAACACCAUUACCAGAAAUAACAUGGCAGAAGCGUGGAGGUCCAUUACCUUAUGGCAGAUUCACCACAACAAAUUAUGGGAAGACACUCGUGUUCAAGUAUGUAGACUAUGAAGAUGAAGGGACAUAUGAGUGCUUUGCUAGCAAUGGUGUUGGUACAGCCCAGUCUUACUCUAUUAGUCUUCAUGUUGAAGCCAAACCAGAAUUCACUGUUGAGCCACAGACAGUGAAUGCAGCAGAAGGUGAAACUGUGGAGUUUAGAUGUGAAUCUCAUGGAGUGCCUUCACCAAUCAUUGACUGGUAUCAUAAUGGAAAACCAAUCAGUGAAGCCCCACAAAAUCCUAGGAGACAGGUCAUGCCAAACAAGGUCAUCAUUCGCAACCUAGAGAAAACAGAUACUGGGAAUUAUGCAUGCAAUGCUUCCAAUUCUAUUGGAUACGUGUUCAAGGAUGCCUAUGUGAAUGUUUUGGGCCUAUCCACAUUCCUCCUACCUCCACUCCGGAAAUGCAUAGCGCUCGUCCUCCCAUCAUCAUGUGAUAGUCGGCGAGGCGAUCGAGCUUUUCUGCGCCUGUUCGCAAUGCCGUGCGAAUUGCUUCUUCGACGGCACGCCAGCUCUGCCUUCCAGACAGAGGGGAAGAGACGUCCAAGGAGAAAGUGGCCUGUAGAUGGACUUCCCAAACCUGAAUGGGCUUCGGCAGUAGCAGCAAUGACCAUCGGGUGA